AUGGCUGCGCCUGCUUUUCUACAACAAUCGCAACCUUUUAGGUCGUCCAAUACACAAGGCCCAUUCCUUUCGUCCGCCAAUCCCUUUGAGCGCGAUGCGACGAAGCCUGUCGGUACCCCUUUCGCAAACUCUGGCCCCGUCGCCUCCUCGGUCCUGAUCCGUCGUCUUCCGCUGAAUACCUCGGAGGAAUCGCUUCGCCUGAUGGUGGUUUGGUCCAAGGAACUGGUCGACGUCGAAGUGCUACCCGUGGAUCAGUCAGAGGACAAGGGAUUCCGGUCGGCCAUUUUGAAGUUCAGAACUGCGAACGGUGCGAUCGAGGCAAAAAACAUGUUGGACGGGAAAUCCAACAUUUCCAACGAUGCCAACAUGAUUGUUGAGGUUUUGGGAGGUAGCCCGACCGCACCGAGGCGAUACGCCGAGCCCGCAGGGACCGGGUCGUCGAGUACCGCCUCCUCCGCUGCUUCUUCUGCUCCUUCCUCACGACAACCGUCCCGAUUCAACGGCGCAUUCCAGUCCCUCGAGAAGAUCUCGCCGCCCAUGAAUGGCAUCUAUGGCUCCAGCGAGCUGCCGAACCCGGAGUCGAGCGCGCACUACCAGAACCUGUUCUCGCCCCAGUCUCCUAUCGGAAACCAUCUCACAGAGCGAACGCGCAUCUCCGGGAAGUCUCUGAUCAACGACGAUGCCGCUGACGACGACGAGACGGGCGAGUUGCUGAAGGACCCAGUCGCCUACGCGGAAAACGGUGCCACCGCCCAGAGAAGGGCCACCGCCCCACAGCUACCCAUCUCGCGUCUGGCCAGCCUAUCCCUCAACACCAGCGCGACACCAAGCCCGUCGUCACUUCCGCAGUAUGGCCAGCAAGGGAUGAGCGCGAUGUCGGCCCAUCCGGUUAUGUCGCCCACGGUCAUGGGCGGAGGUCCGCACAGCGUGCCAUUCCCCAUGGGAGGUAACCACCCGUACGGCCGCCAUAACUUCCCGCCAGUGAACCCUGCGGAUCAGAACCCGCCUUGCAACACGCUAUACGUGGGCAACCUGCCCAUCGACACGUCCGAGGAGGAGUUGAAAGCCAUGUUCUCCAAGCAACGAGGGUACAAGCGACUUUGCUUCCGGACUAAGCAGAACGGACCGAUGUGCUUUGUGGAGUUUGAGGAUGUAUCUUUCGCCACGAAGGCUCUCCACGAACUCUACGGGCACCCUCUGCACAACAGCGUCAAAGGCGGCAUCCGUUUGAGCUUUUCAAAGAACCCGCUGGGCGUCAGGUCCGGUCAAACCCCGGGUCCGGCAACCUCUCCAAUGAGCGGCAUGAUGGCAGGGUCCACGAACGGGUUCAAGACUACCAACGGCCCUCCUCCGGGUCUCGCCGCCCCCCCCGGUCUCGGCGCGGGACGCUACAACGGCAACUCUGGCACCCAGUCUUAUACCGUUGCCGGCUUCCCGGCAAGCGGUAACAACAAUGUCUGGAACGGAUACAACAGUGCCAUGACGGCUGGUGGGCCUGGCUCCCUGAUGAACGGCAACAACUCGAAUUACCUGCCGCCCCACAUGUUGGGUAGGUAG